AUGGCGUCGCUGCCUCAAAUUCUAAAGGUGCCCUCGCUUGAUAGCAGUCUUGGCGCAGUUCUCCUUGGAGUGAUCAUCGGAUCCAUGUUGUAUGGGUUGACGGUUCAUCAGACGUAUAGAUACUUCAAGCUCUCCCCCAGGGAUAGGCCUAUCUUGAAGUUCCUAGUGCUGACAAUUCUAGUAUUCGAGACACUGCAUACCGCAGUAUGGAUCAUUGUCAUCUACCACUAUGCCAUCACGGACGCUUUCCAUUUGUCCGACAUCCUUCGCGGUCAUUGGUCUAUACGGUUGACUUUCCCGAUAACCGGCCUCGCCGUCUUCGUAUGCCAGAGCUUCUAUGUGAGCCGUGUAUUCCUCGCCGGUCCUGGUUAUCGUUGGCUCGUUGUCCCUGCAGCCAUAUCAAUGCUUGUAGGAAUAGGCUUUGCAAUCGCUGCGGGAACUGAAGCAUUCCUGGCUACGCCUUUUAUCGUUGACCUGCAGCAUAUCAGCUGGCUGGUAUCUAUUGCCUACGGCUUUGCGGUGGCCACGGACAUCAUCCUUACAAGCGCGCUCAUAUUCGUUCUCUACAAGUGGAAGUCUGAUUCAAAAAGAGGGAACUCCACUGUUGAUACUGUGAUUUUGUACACGAUCAAUACUGGUUUGCUAACGAGCAUCAUCAGCACGGCUGCUUUCAUUUUCGCCAUCGUCAUCCCGGGCAACCUGAUCUAUGCCGCCGUCAGCAUCGUGGGUACCAAACUUUACGCGAACUCGAUUCUGGCUGCCCUGAACUCCCGGCACUCAAUCGGUGGCCGGCUCAUCAAUGACUCCUCGCCCCUCAGUCUUGGGGCCAAUGCGAACGGUGCACCCUCUGCGCAUCCGCAACAGGCUCAUGUGAUUGAGCUCGAGUCUAUGGUGUACAACGUCCCUGAGCAAUAUCUGGGCGGACGGUCGGAGACGUCGACUCUACGUACACAGGACUUGAUCACGCCGUCAGCAUUUGAAGGAAAGUAG